UCACAAGGGAAGGAGGAGCGCCAGUAACAGCUGUGACCAGACAGCUGUAAACAUUGUCCAGGGGGGAAAUUUUCGCAGGAUGGAUCCCAAGUGCCCAGGAUUCUUCUUCCUCCUCUACGCUUUCCUUCUUUUCCACUCCACUCUCGCAGAGGAGAAAUGUGACAAGAGGAGCCCAAGCGUUUGGUACACAGCGAAGGAGACCCAUGAAGGCAUUGGUCUGAGUGAUGAACAGCUGCAAGCUAUCUCUAGAAUGAGUGACAUGAAGCACUUCCAAAGUGUUCUACAGCCCAUGCUUGUACCUCGUGUUGUUGGCUCUGAAAAUCAUGCCAAUGUUAGGAAGCAUAUAGUAAAGACUAUGCGUGAUCUUGGAUGGACAGUUGAAGAAAGUGCGUUUGAUGACAAUACCCCAUUUGGACAAAAGAGGUUUACAAACAUUAUAGCAAAUUUGAACCCAAAUGCUCCUCGCCAUCUGGUCUUGGCUUGCCACUAUGACUCUAAAAUUGACCGUGAGGGCACCUUUAUUGGUGCUACCGAUUCUGCCGUGCCAUGUGCAAUGAUGCUAAAUCUUGCCAAAGUCAUGCAAGCGAACCUUGACCAGCACCGUCAAACUCAGUCAGAUCUGACCUUGCAAUUCAUAUUCUUUGAUGGGGAAGAAGCUUUCCGCCAGUGGUCGGCAACUGAUUCCUUAUAUGGAGCACGGAACUUGGCAGCCAAGAUGGAAGCCAGUGCGUAUCCUCAGAGUAAUGCUGAUGGCACCACUUACCUUAAUAGAAUAGACUUGUUUGUGUUGUUGGAUCUUCUGGGAACGAAAGAUGUAAAGUUUUCCAGUUACUUCAGAAAUACUGACCGUUGGUAUGCUCGUUUCAUGUCAUAUGAACGACGUCUGAAUGAUCUACAGUUACUCCAUAGACGUCGUUUCAUGUUUAAUAAAGACACGUUUUAUGGGGCUGGUAUUGCAGAUGAUCACAUUCCAUUUCUUGAAAGAAGUGUUCCUGUCGUGCAUGUGAUUCCCGUACCUUUCCCUUCAGUAUGGCACAAGAGCUCCGACAACGAGAGUGCCCUUCAUUAUCCCAGUAUUCAGAACUUUAACAAAAUUUUGCGGGCAUUUGUUGCUGAUUAUCUGCAUUUAGUUAUAUAGGGAUUCGCUCAGAACACGGCUAUUCAUGAUGACCUCUAAAAUAUUUUUCUCUAAUAAAUAAGCUGUUAACAAUUUAUAAAAUAUUACCUUGCUGUUAUACUAACAAAGCUACCAUUGGCUCCCAUCUAAAAAUUAAUUAGUACAGUACUGAAAGAGCUCGGUAAUUCUGAUUCCUGUAAUCCAACUGGAUUAAAUUUAGUUUGACGCAUUUUGACUUUUAACCCGAAUAGGAGUUUGGGUUAAAAGAUUGCACAGAACGAAAAACUAAGUUGAAGUCAAACCUUAACUUUACUAAAAAUUCGAGUUACUCAAAUUUGUCUCGACAUAAAACCCAUAUAAAUUUUUGCAUGCUCCUGUUAUAGUUAAUUUGCAUGGUUGUCUAACUUCAAUGGGGGUGGGCUGCAUAUGAUUUAGAUGGUACAAGUCUAGACAAUGUAGGUCUAUCAAUUCUUAAUAUCAUAGGUCUUAAAAAAUUUAACAUAGGGUCAUCAAGGUUGUGUUCUGGCAUAAUGAAAUUAAAGCGAAAAAUAAAUUUCCAAGGAUGUGGUUCAUAUUCUUGAAAGUGUGAAUGAAGUGUAGGUCAGACGACACUCGUCACAGAAUGGUAUAGAGAAUAUGGAGUUUAUUUUUAUACAUGUCUAAAUAAUGCAAUUUUACUAGUUUGCACUUUAAUUUUUUUAAUAGUUUACUAGUUUGCACUUUAAUUUUUUACUCUCAUUCCAUUUAAUAUUCUUGUUCACUAAUAAAAUCUUUAAUAUUU